AUGGAAGAGGCCAUCCUGCCCAACCAGACUUCAGUGACUCAUUUCCAGUUGCGAGGUCUAUCCACCAGCUUGAAGGUGCAGAUAGCUGUAUUUGCAAUGUUUCUCAUUUUCUAUAUCCUGACCUUGAUGGGUAACAUCCUCAUUGUUAUCACUAUCAUCUAUGAUCGUCGACUCCACACCCCCAUGUAUUUCUUCCUUAGCAACUUGUCCUUCAUUGAUGUCUGCCACUCUACUGUCACAGUCCCCAAGAUGCUAGUGGACACCUGGUCUGAGGAGAAGCUCAUCUCCUUUGAUGCUUGUGUGGUUCAGAUGUUCUUUUUGCACCUCUUUGCCUGCACAGAGAUCUUUCUCCUCACGGUCAUGGCCUACGAUCGCUAUGUAGCCAUCUGCAACCCACUGCACUACAUGACAGUGAUGAACUGGAAGGUGUGUGUGCUGCUGGCUGCAGCUCUCUGGACUGGAGGGACCAUCCACUCAGUGGCUUUGACCUCUCUCACCAUCAAGCUUCCCUACUGUGGUCCUGAUGAGAUUGACAACUUCUUUUGUGACGUACCCCAGGUGGUCAAACUGGCCUGUAUGGAUACCCGAAUCAUUGAGAUCCUCAUUGUCUCUAAUAGCGGGCUGAUCUCCGUGGUCUGUUUCAUAGUACUGGUGGUCUCCUAUGCUGUCAUCCUGGUGUCUCUGAGGAAGCGGAUUUCAGCAGGCAGGCGCAAGGCCCUGUCAACCUGUGCAGCCCACCUCACAGUGGUCACACUUUUCUUGGGACAUUGCAUCUUCAUCUACUCCCGCCCUUCUACCAGCCUUCCCGGGGACAAAGUGGUAUCUGUGUUUUUCACAGCUGUCACCCCCCUUCUAAAUCCUAUCAUCUACACUCUGAGGAACGAGGACAUGAAAAAUGCCUUGAAUAAGCUAAUAGGGAGGAAGGAAGGGAAAGAAGAAAAGUGA